AUGCUUGUUCCACAUCUGUGGCUUACUCUUGCUGCAGCUGCAGUCGCAGCCCCAUCUCAACAGGCAUACGAUUACAUCGUAGUUGGUGGCGGUACCGCUGGAGUAGUAGUCGCUGCACGUCUUAGCGAGGGCCUUCCCUCCUCCAGUAUCCUCCUCGUUGAAGCCGGACCCGCAGUUUGGGAUGAACCAAAGAUCAACAUCCCUGGUAUGAAGGGUGCUACCCUUGGGACCAAAUAUGAUUGGAACUUCACAACGGUCCCUCAGCCCGGAGCCAACAAUAGAGUUCUUCCCGUGAACCGUGGUAAGGUCUUGGGUGGCAGUUCUGCCCUCAACCUCAUGACCUACGACCGUGCUGCUGCAGCAGAGUACGAUAGCUGGGAGGCCCUUGGCAAUGCGGGCUGGAAUUGGAAGACUAUGAUCAAAGCAAUGACCAAGGCUGAGACUUUCACGGGCAAAAACACUGCCACGUACGGUUCCAAAGGAGUGGGAGACAGUGGGCCCGUUAAAGCGGUCAUCAAUCGCUUUAUCCCCAAGCACCAAGAAUCAUGGAUCCCAACUCUGAAUAAGCUUGGUGUUCAAAAGAAUCUCGAGUCCCUUGGAGGAGAUCCCUUGGGCGUCAUGUACCAACCAAGCAGUAUCGACCCUUCCAACUACAACCGCUCCUACAGCGCCAACGCCUACGUCGAGAUCUCUGGUCCAAAUCUUGAGAUCCUUGCAGACACUACAGUCGCCAAUGUCAACAUGACCACUCCAAGCAGCAAGAAGAAAUCCGUUGCUACAGGAAUUACACUUCAGGAUGGAACUUACAUCAAAGCGCACCGCGAAGUAAUCCUGUCUGCUGGUUCGAUCCAGAGUCCCGGGUUACUAGAGCAAUCUGGUAUUGGAAGCAAAUCCAUUCUUGAGGCAGCUGGGGUCAAACAAAUCAUUGAUCUUCCCGGUGUCGGCGAGAACCUACAGGAUCACCUACGCGUCAUGACCUCCUACCAGCUCAAGAAAGAGCUUACUUCAUUUGAUGCCCUGAGGAGUAACACUACCUUUGCUGCCGAGCAGCUCGCACUUUGGAAUGCCGGUGAGCGCUCUUUGUAUGAUUAUACUGGCAGCGCAUAUACGUUCUCAAACUGGAAGCAAGCUCUGGGUAGUGAUGCUAAGAUUAGGUCUCUUGCUGAGCAGGCUGCUGGCAAGGAUGGUAGCAAGGUCGACAAGAAGAAGUUGGAGUUUCUCAAGGACCCCGCUAUUCCACAGAUUGAGGUCAUCUUCUCUGAUGGCUACACCGGAGUCAAGGGCUACCCAGCUGCCACAUCUCCACUCUUUGGCAAAGGGUUUGUCAGUCUCAUUGCUGUCGUUAUGCACCCCCUCAGCCGUGGCAGCAUCCACAUCAACCCAUCGAACCCUGCCGGCAAGCCUGUCAUCAACCCCAACUACCUCAGCAACGCCCAUGACAUCGAAGCGGUCACGCAAGCAGUCAAGUAUAACCGAAAGAUUGCAUCAACUGAGCCCAUGAGAUCCAUCUGGGACAAUGAAUAUGAGCCGGGUCUAGAUGAUGUCACAACGGACGAGCAGCUCAAGGCGUACGUACUAGCUACUACGCUUAGUAUUUUCCACCCAGUCGGUACAUGUUCUAUGCUUCCUAAGGCCGAUGGUGGUGUUGUUGACUCCAAGCUUAUGGUGUACGGGACCGAAAACCUCCGGGUUGUAGAUGCGAGUAUCAUGCCGCUUUUGAUCUCGGCUCAUAUCCAGACCGCAGUAUAUGGUAUUGCUGAGAUUGCUGCUGAGCUUAUUAUCAAAUCUGCCAAGUAG